UAAUUCUUAAAUCUCAUUCUCCCUCUGUGUUUUUUUUGGGUAAAGAUUCUCCGCUUCUCACUUUCAUUACCCAUUCGCACGUUGGAGUUUUGGCGAUGGAGCUCGCUGUUGAGUUGCGUCGUGAACCAAACUCCCCACUUCUUUCCAAGAUGGCAACCAGUGAUGGCCACGGCGAGAAUUCGUCCUACUUCGAUGGGUGGAAGGCUUAUGAUUGUGAUCCAUUCCAUCCUACCUCCAACCCAGAAGGAGUCAUUCAAUUGGGACUAGCUGAAAACCAGCUUUGUCUGGAUCCGAUACAAGAGUGGAUUAAGAAUAACCCGAAGGCCUCCAUUUGCACUGAAGUAGGAGUUUCAGAAUUCAAAAAUAUUGCAAAUUUCCAGGAUUACCACGGCCUGCGUGUAUUCAGAGAGGCCGUUGCCAAGUUCAUGCGGAAAGUGAGAGGAGGAAGAAGCGAUUUUCAUCCUGACAGGAUAGUGAUGAGCGGUGGGGCUACUGGGGCUGCCGAAGUAAUAGCCUUCUGUUUGGCUGACCCCGGCGAAGCAUUCCUUGUUCCAACGCCGUAUUAUCCAGCAUUCGACCGAGACCUGAGGUGGAGAACAGGAAUCCAGGUCCUUCCGAUUCAGUGCAAGAGCUCCAAUCAUUUCAAAAUCACACGGACCGCACUCGAAUCUGCCUAUGAAAAAGCCCAGAAGGCAAAUGUUAGAGUUAAAGCGGUCAUGGUAGCCAACCCAUCAAAUCCACUGGGGACAAUAUUGGACAGAGAGACACUAAGAAUGCUGGUCAACUUCACCAAUGGCAAGAGGAUCCACCUAAUCUGCGACGAGAUCUUCGCAGGGACAGUCUUCAAGGAUCCCCAAUUCGUCAGCGUCUCAGAGAUAGUGGAUGAGGAUCCUAACUGCGACCGAAGCCUCAUCCACAUCACCUACAGCCUCUCCAAGGACCUCGGCCUGCCUGGAUUCAGGGUGGGCGUGGUCUAUUCCUACAAUGAUACGGUGGUUAGAUGCGCUCGGAGGAUGUCGAGCUUUGGACUAGUCUCCUCACAAACACAAUACCUGCUCGCCUCCAUGUUGUCAGACGAUGAAUUCACAACCAAGUUGAUAGAAGAGGUCAGGAGGAGGCUUUCGAAGAGGCACGAGUUAUUCACUUCUCGGCUUGCGAAGGUGGGAAUCCAAUGUUUGGAGAGCAACGCCGGCCUGUUCUGCUGGAUGGACUUGAGACGGCUUCUCAAAGAAUUCACAGUUGAAGGAGAACUGGAGCUGUGGCGCGUGAUAAUUAAUGAUGUCAAGCUCAAUGUGUCGCCCGGUUCCUCGUUUCAUUGCCACGAACCUGGGUGGUUUAGGGUGUGCUUUGCCAACAUGGAUGACGAGACCAUGGAUGUAGCCCUUGGAAGGAUCGAGUCCUUUGUGCUCCGGACGAAGGAGGCUGCAGUGCAAGCUAAGAAGAAGAAGUGGAAGCAGGAUGGGCUACGCUUAAGCUUGCCUCGGAGGUUCGAGGACAUGGCCACCAUGACCUCCAGCCUAAUGUCACCGCACUCUCCUCUUGUUCCAGCCACCACUUCAGCUCUAGUGGUAUAGCCAGUGAUGCAGAAGAGGAAGGUGGAAAAGACUGCCGUUCCUCUGCCAUUUUUUAGUACAUACGUAUUGACAUGCCAUAGGAUAAAAUUUCUGGAUCGGUAUUGAAGAAAUUAUGAUCAAUCCGUCAUUACCUAUCAUAUCUUUAUACGUGCACAUAAGUACGUGCGAUAUAUUUUGUGGCGGAUGAUCACAGUCCGAUCAUAAAACUUUCUACGGUCGAUUCGAUUAUAAAAAUUUUAUCCCAUGCUAUUCUUUAGCUCUCAUUCUUUGGAACAUACAUUCUUUGUUUCUUAGAACCGAUGUACGGGGCUAAAUGUUUACAA